AUGGAUGAAUGUGUUUUAGGUGGUGGAUUAUCGAUCGAUUGGAUGACAAGUCAAGGAGGAUCAUCAAGGAAAAGCAUAUCGUUGACCAGCUCAUCGUCGCGGGUGAGGAAAUCAGCCGCUGAGAAUGGAGGCGGCGGAGGAGCUGGCGACUCCUCCUCAUCUCACCGCAAGUCUAUUUCUACUUCUCGUUCUAUGGGACGGACAGGCGAGCGGACAGUGAAGCGAUUGCGGCUGUCAAAAGCCUUGACGGUUCCUGAAACGACAAGUAUUAAUGAAGCUUGUCGUCGGAUGGCUGCUCGCAGAGUUGAUGCCUUAUUGCUGACAGAUUCAAAUGCAUUAUUGUGUGGAAUCCUGACAGAUAAAGAUAUUGCUACAAGAGUUGUUGCUCGCGAGCUUAAUCUUGAAGAAACACCAGCUUCCAAAGUUAUGACCAGAAACCCUGUUUUUGUUCUUUCAGACACUCUUGCUGUGGAAGCCUUGCAAAAGAUGGUUCAAGGGAAAUUUAGACAUUUACCUGUUGUUGAAAAUGGGGAGGUUAUUGCUUUACUUGAUAUAGCAAAAUGCUUGUAUGAUGCUAUUGCUCGUAUGGAGAGGGCAGCUGAGAAGGGAAAGGCCAUUGCGGCUGCUGUGGAAGGUGUUGAGAAACACUGGGGCACAUCCGUGUCUGGUCCUAAUACAUUCAUUGAAACACUACGCGAGAGAAUGUUUAGGCCUUCCUUAUCUACAAUAAUUUCUGACAGUUCAAAGAUUGUUACAGUUCCUCCAAGUGAUACUGUUCUAGCCGCUGCACAAAAGAUGCUUGAAUUUCGAACAAGCUCAGCCAUUGUAACUGUAGAAAACAAGCCAAGGGGAAUUUUAACUUCAAAGGAUUUGUUGAUGCGAGUCAUAGCUCAGGAUCUUCCACCCGAGUCCACUUUGGUGGAGAAGGUGAUGACCCCAAAUCCAGAAUGUGCAACAGUCGAUACACCUAUUGUUGAUGCUCUUCAUACUAUGCAUGAUGGGAAAUUUUUACACCUUCCAGUCGUUGACAGAGAUGGAAUGGUCGUUGCUGUUGUUGAUGUGCUUCAUAUAACUCAUGCUGCUAUAGCUACAGUUGGAAAUACUGCUGGUGUCAAUAGUGAGGCUGCAAAUACUAUGAUGCAAAGGUUCUGGGAUUCUGCAAUGGAAUUAACUCCUGAUGAUGAGGAAGAGACACGAAGUGAGAAUUCCUCGAAGAUGACUUAUGAAGGAGCAGAGACUGGUCGAUCUCUUCCAUAUCCUAUGUCUAGUGCUCCCAAUACUUUUGCAUUCAAGAUUCAAGACAAAAAGGGACAAAUGCAUCGCUUUAAUUGUGAUACACGACAUUUGACGGACCUCAUAACCGCCAUCCUUCAGAGAGUAGGGGACAACAUUGACCGUAACAACCUUCCGCAGAUUCUGUACGAAGAUGAAGACCAUGACAAGGUUGUACUUGCAUCAGAUAGUGAUCUUCAAGCAGCUGUAGACCAUGCAAAGCAAGCUGGUUGGAAGGGAUUGAGAUUGCAUUUAGAUUAUUCAGGGGCCCCUCUUCGGCGGAGGGGUUCAGACUCUGGAAGUCUCGAAUAUGCUCAAGCAGAUGCAUGGGCUUCUGCAUAUAGUGCUGUGGCAGCGGGGGCCGCACUUGUUGCCGGUUUAGGUGUGUUAGCAUUCUUGAGGCGAGCGGGGAAUUAA